AUGGCCGCUUUUUCCCGCGUCCCUCCUGACGUUCCUCCCCACUUCCCCCUUCUCCCUCCCCACUUCCCGCUUCUCCCUCCCCACUUCCCCCUUCCCCCUCCCCACUUACCCCUUCCCCCUCCCCACUUACCCCUUCCCCCUCCCCACUUACCCCUUCCCCCUCCCGACUUCCCCGUUCCCCCCAUUCUCCCCAGACGGAGCCCCCGUGACUUGCGCCAUCGUCCUCCUCUCCGCGCUCUCCUCCCUCGUCCUCCCCCUCGGCCCGCGCGCCGCGCUCGCCGCCCUCUCCUACCCCGCGCUCUUCAUUCACCACCGCCUCUGGCGCGUGCUGCUUGCGCCGCUGCCCUUCCCCGCGCUGCCCGCGCUUCUGCUGGGCUGCGCGCUGCUCUUCCUUCUCCGCGUGCACGAGCGCCAGAUGGGCCCCUGCAAGUUCACCGGUUGCUCUUCCUGCUGCGCGUGCACGAGCGCCAGAUGGGCCCCUGCAAGUUCACCGUGUUUUGCCUCUUCUCCUUCCUCGUCUCCUCCCUACUGCAACUCCUUUUCCUGCUGCUCACAGGCCCAACAACUUCUCCGCCCUCCUCCUCCUCCCGCUUCUCACCCCCCUCCUCCUCCCCUCUCUCCGCGCCUCCCUUUGCACUCACACUCUCCCCUGGUCCCUACGCACUCAUCUCCGCCCUCCUCCUCCUCUCAUACGCGGACGUACCUCCCUCCACUCGCUUCCUCCUCUUCUCCCGAAUCCCUUUCACUGAUAAGACCCUGCUUCUGCUCGCAGGCUUGCAGGUGCGUGUGUGGGCACGGUGGGAAUGUGGGAGUGUGGCAGGGUGGUUGGGAGGGAGGCAAGAUAUUCUCAUCAACCACCAACACCUGGUCAUACAUCAACCAUUCGCCCGAGUCCGUUUUCUUUUCUCUGCCCCUCUCCUCCUACACGCCUUGUUCCUCCCUUCUCCCUGCGCUGGUUCCCCCCGCCCAUCGCAGCAGCUGCAGCUGGUGUUGUCAGACGGUUUCCCAUCGCUCCUACCGGGCUGCACAGGGCUCGUUGCUGUUCCUCCCUUCUCCCUGGUUUCCCCCCGCCCUUUGCAGCUUUUGCUGUCAGACGGCCUCUCGUCGCUCCUACCAGGCUGCACAGGGCUCGUUGCUGCUGCACUAUACCGCGGCAAUCCACCUAGUUGGCCUUCUCAGUCAACUCAAAGGUCAAAUCAACAUUGCGCCGUGCUCCCUCUUUCCCUUCCCGCCCACCACCACCAGCUGGUGCUGUCAGACGGCCUCUCCUCCCUCCUACCGGGCUGCACAAGGCUCGUUGCUGCUGUGCUCUACCGCUGCACUCCACCUAGUUGGCUUUUUCAGUCGACUCAACAGUCGACUCAAAGGUCAAAUCAACAUUGCGCCGUGCUCCCUCUUUCCCUUCCCGCCCGCCACCAGCUGGUGCUGUCGGACGGCCUCUCGUCGCUCCUACCGGGCUGCACAGGGCUCGUUGCUGCUGCGCUCUACCGCGGCAACGCCCUGGGGAUACUGGCAGAGCAAGUGUCCAACCGGCUUUCCACUGCUGGCACUUACAUAAGUGCCGCCUUCGCUCGUGCUCUCGGCUUGCUUACUCAGUUCUUGCAACGACUGAUGCAGCAGCUGCAGCAUAGAUUGCAGCUUUGGCUGCAGCAGCAGCAGCAGCGACGACAGCAGCAGCAGCAGCAGCAGCAAGAGCGUGAGAGGCUUGAACACGAGCAAUCGCCGUUCCUGCAACAAUCAAGAUUGGAACAGCAGCAGCAGCAGCAGCAGCAGCAGCAGCAGCAGCAGCAGCAGCAGCAGCAGCAGCAACGGCAGCAACAACAGCAACGGCAGCUGCAACAGUGGCAGCAGCUGCAGCAGCAGCAGCAGCAGCAGCAGCAGCAUCGAGCAGAGCAAAUCUGCCAUCUGUUGACCCACUCUCCAACCUUUCCCAUUGAACUCACCUGCCCUCACAUUGCUGUUCCACUCCUCCCCACCACCACCCGUCUCUUCCCCACCCCACUUUCCCUCUGCCCCCUGUCCCCCUCCCAGCUACCCACCUAUCUGCACGUGCCCUUUGCCUCCUGCCCACCUAUCUGCACGCGCCCUUUGCCUCGUUCUCACCGGAGCCAUCCAUUAGUGCACUCGUUGCCAUGGGCUUCGACCGCAGUGGCAGCAGUGGCAGCAGUGGCAGCACGGCGCUGCUCUUGA